GUUGUGCCGCGGUGGCUGCUGGGAUAGCUCGGCCGCUGUGUGGACAUGUCCGCCAUGUUUUCCCCGGUGCAGGGAACCGCGCAGCCCGGAGGAUCGGCCCGUUAACCCCGCUGUGUGAUGAGUCCUCGCGCCCCCGGAGCCGCGGACCCCGCUGAGCGUGCUGCGGCGGUUUGAUCCGGGAUUCACAGUUCCCUCGGAUCGUCGCGGAUUUGGCGCAAACAAUGAGUAAACUCUCGUUCCGGGCGCGAGCGCUAGACGCCGCCAAACCGCUCCCGGUGUACCGGGACCGGGAGCUGCCGGACCGGACCGACUGCGUGUCUAUUAACCGGACCGUCCCGCAGAUGCCCACCGGGAUGGAGAAGGAAGAGGAGCUGGAGCACCACCUCCAGAGGGCGAUGUCGGCCCAGCAGGUGUUCAGGGAGAAGAAGGAGAACAUGGUGAUCCCCGUCCCCGAGGCCGAGAGCAACACCACGUACUACGACCGCCUGUACCGGGGAGAGGUCAGCGUCCCCAAACAGCUGAUCCACAUCCAGCCUCUGGGUGUAGACGCGGAGCAGCCAGACUACGACAUGGACUCGGAGGACGAGAUGCUGCUGAACCGACUGAAGAGGAAGACGGAGAUCAGACCGCUGCAGUUUGAGACCAUGGUGGACCGGCUGGAGAAGGCCAGCACACACCAGCUGGUGUCUGUGGCGGAGGCGAAGCUGCUGCUGAAUGAGGAUGACUACCUGCUGAAGGCAGCGUAUGACUACUGGGUGAGGAAGAGGAAGAACUGGCGAGGCCCGUCCCUGAUUCCUCACGUUAAGCCCGAGAGGAGAGACGGAUCCACCAACAGCGACGCCUACGUGGCCUUCAGGCGCAGGACGGAGAAGAUGCAGACCAGGAAGAAUCGUAAGAAUGACGAGGCGUCGUACGAGAAGAUGCUGCGUCUGCGGAGAGAGUUCAGCCGGACCGUGAGCAUCCUGGAGAUGAUCAAGAGGAGAGAGAAGUCCAAGAGAGAGCUGCUGCACCUCACGCUGGAGGUGCUGGAGAGGAGGUAUCAGAUGGAAGAUUUCAGCGGAGAGACCCUGAGAGAGGUUUCUCUCCCUCUGCUGGAGAAAUCAGCGUACUGCAGCCCAGCUGCUCUGAACAACAGCAGCCGACACAACAGUGACGUCAACAUCAAGAAGAAGCCGCUGUGCGUCCGAGACGAGCUUCUCUUUGACCCAAUCAGACCACAGAAGAAGAACGUGAGGCGGGACAGGAAGUGUCCUCCCCAGAGACGUCCCGGCCGCCCCCCCGCUGUCUUCACCGUCAACAUGGCCGACAUCAAACAGUACGACUUCCACAGCUCUGGAGAGGACGACUCGCCCCCACCACUGUCUCCUCCAUCUUCCCCUGAUGAAGAAAAUCAUCCUGACGGAGUUUUUGUCUUCAGGAGAAAAGAUGGAUGUCAAUAUUUCUCUGUUAACCCCCGAGACCGUCCCUCGGUCAGCUCCGUCCUCAGGCGUCCCUUCCUGGAGAAGCACAUCAGCAAACACCUGGACCCACAGAGACAGAGCACCUUAGUGAACAUCAGCAUACAAUACAAGGUGUAA